AUGAACGAUUUAUUUAAAGAUUUUAAUUUUUCCGGUCCGUUCGAUAGUUGGUGGCCAUUUAUAAUAGCAAUAACCGUUGGAAUAAUAACAACUUUGAGAUGUUAUUUUGGCGGAACUCAUUGUCCGAGUAAGGCAACGAUAAAUGGGAAAACGAUUGUAAUCACCGGAGGAUCAAGUGGUAUAGGAUGUCAAAUUGUUAAAGAACUUAAAAAAAGAGGUGGAAAAAUAAUAAUUGGAUCGAGACAACCGGAAAUUGCUAUGGAAAAUAUAAAGAAAGAAAUUCGAGAAUCAAUAAAAGAAAAUGAAAUAAUUAUAAAACAUCUUGAUUUAAUUUCAUUGAAAUCCGUUCGAGAAUUUGCGGAUUCAUUACAAAACGAAUCGAAAAUUGACGUGCUCAUAAACAAUGCCGGAAUUGGUUUUCUAGAAUUUAAUAAAACGAAAGAAGGAUUUGAAACGCAUUUAGUAACAAAUUAUUUAUCACAUUUUUAUUUGACACAUCUUUUACUGCCUAAAUUAAAAGCAUCAGAAAAUGGAAGAAUAAUUAACGUAUCAGCUCAAGCUCAUUACACCGGGGAAUUAAAUCUGGGAGAUUUAAAUAACGAAUUUGAAUAUAAUUAUAAUAAAGCUUUCAGUCAGAGUAAAUUAGCUUUGGUCAUGAUGGCGAGACACAUGACACGUAAAAUAUUAAAAGAAGGAGCACAGACAAUUAUAUACAUGGCCGUUGCGCCUGAAUUAAAAAAUGUUUCUGGAAAAUAUUUCAGGUAUGAAGUUUGA